AUGAUUCACGGCCCGAGGUUUGCUCUUAAGCGAAUCUUGAUAGUAUGCCUCGUCCUGGUGCCACUGGUUGUUAUUAUACACAGGAAGCCGGACUUGAGCCUCCAGAACCUUCGGUGGAGGGAGACUUCAGCAGAGGACAAUUCAGAUGUUGCACGGAAUGAAUUGAAGUCACCAGAAGAACUGGAUCAAUUGCUGUCAAGGUUAGAGACCCCUCUGGUUAUUGAAGCAGCUCAUUAUGGGAAGAACGAGUAUAAGGCAGCGUUCAACGAACGAAUGGAGCUGCUACGCAAGACUUUUGCUGAACCCAUCACGGAACCGAAGUCAAUGCAUCUAGUGCGGCCAGUUGACCCCUUAGCUGGGAAAGCAAGCGCAACGAUUCUUUGCUUGACGAGGAAUCAGGAUUUAUCCGACAUAGUAACUUCGAUCCAGCAGCUGGAAGAGCAAUUUAAUAACCAGUUUGGGUAUCCUUACACGUUCUUAAACGACGAGGAGUUCUCAGACCAUUUCAAGAAUGAAAUAACGAGGCUGUUGCCCAUCGACCGUGAAGUACAGUUCGGCCGGAUUGAUCCUAAGAUGUGGAAUAUGCCUGAUUCGAUAGAUCCUGAGGUGUUCAAGUCGAAAAUGGAUCAGCUUGAGGAUGUUCAACACGCAGAGAAAAUAUCUUACCAUAAUAUGUGCCGGUUCUACUCGAGAAGCUUUUAUCACCAUCCGCUCCUGGCGAAGUACAAAUACAUAUGGAGGAUAGAGCCCAAUGUGAACUUCUAUUGCAGGAUAGACUACGACGUUUUCCAAUUCAUGGAGGAUAACGACAAAAUCUACGGCUUCGUGCUGAACCUUUAUGACAGCCCUGAGUCCGUCAAGUCUCUGUGGAAAUCCACGAUGGACUUCGUCGAGAAAACCCCGCAAUAUCUGCAUCGAAACGGGUCAUACGCGUGGCUCAAAGACAACGUUCAGAAGCCGCAAAACUACGAAAUCACUGGUGGCUAUUCAACCUGUCAUUUCUGGACCAAUUUCGAAAUAAUAAACCUGGAUUUCCUCCGUUCCAAGCCGUACGAAGACUAUAUGCAUUUUCUGGAAGGCGAGAAGGGCUUCUACUACGAACGGUGGGGGGACGCGCCCGUCAGAAGUCUGGCUCUGGCGUUGUUCGCAGACAAGUCCCGUAUCCAUUGGUUUCGUGACAUUGGAUACCAGCAUUUCCCUUACACCAACUGCCCCAAAUCUCCUGCGGGCUCAGACCGGUGCAAUGGCAACUGCCAGCCGGGCUCCUUCGCUCCUUGGCCGUCUUUGAGAUCGGAAAACUGUCUCCCGGUAUGGAUCGAACACAUCAUGAGCCAACAGGAGCUGGAAAGCUACUAA